AUGUCUGGAAAUCAAGCGUCUGCCGUGCCGCAGGGAGAUGAUCAGAGGAGAGCGAGGCCGGAGUCUGAGGAUGUUACAGAUCAACCCGCCGCGACUCGCAGAAGAGUGGAGGAGGCGCGGCAACCGCAGUGGACCAUGAGCAGCAGCGUAAAGGACAUCCUGCUGGAGGGAAGCACUCUCAGGACCGACAUGAAGCUGAACGAUUUCCUUCGGAGCAAUUUGGGCGGCAGGGGCGUUGUGGACACCAAUGAGAACGUCGCUAUGGAGAUGUUUGUGUUGAGACCCACGAUGUUUAUUAACGACAGUGAAAUAUUGGGCUUAAUAACGGCAUCGCCGUCGUACCAAGAGCUGGAAAGAGAGAUGAAAAGAGAGCUGGAGAAAAGGAAAAUACUAUUGGAGGCUAUUAAUAAGCUUCAACACGAGGGUGUGCACUUUCUCGAGCAAUGGAGGUACUAUCAAGGAAAGGCUACACUCACUCCACUUGUAUGUGAAAAACUAAACGGGGUUUUCGCUCAGGUACAGAGAGAAAAACGUGAGGCAAAUGAAAGAGCGAUGCUUGAGGCAGCGAAGGUUCUUGAAGCUGAGAUGCUGGAGGGAUGCUACGAGUCUGUGUACAAUGCGAGGUGGCAUCAUGUGGUGGAGGUUCCUGACGACACCGGAAUGGGAAUGGAGGUGAAGGAGGGGGAACCACCGCAGUCAUGGACGUACAAGAAAGUUGGCGAAACUUUCGAAAAGAAUGACGCUGUACAGCAAUUCAGCCCACCGCGUCCCAGGCUGAUGGUGCUUACCUCGGAAAAGGCAUGGCCAUACUCAUGGGUGGGGAAUAGACGCAUUCGUGACUGCUAUGUGAACUGUGAGGUGGAUCGAGUGUGGCAGAUCGUCAAGGGCGAGCUAACCAAAUGGUUCAGCUUUCGCGGUUGGAUCGACUUUGAGCCUAAUCGGCAUCUCUUGAUUGGGACGCCCGGGAUCGGGAAGUCGAUGGGUGCCGGCUCGUACCUCCUCUACCAGCUACUGCACUGCGAUGUCGAGAAACUCCAAGUGGUUGUAUACGUUAUUGCGGAUGAAGCAUUUUUGUUUGACAAGACCGCCCAUACGGUGACACAGUACCAUACUGAUGAAAUGUCGAGGAGUGUUAUCCCGAGUUUGAGGAAGCGUGGGAUGAAAGGGUAUGUUAUCUACGACGUGGCAAAGGAUGGUCGUAAACCGUCGGUUUUUCUUGUUCCUUCCGAAUGGGGCAUGAUUGUACUGACAUCACCAAACGAGAAUAACUUUAAGCAAUGGAAGAAGGAUAAGAGAGUGGUGCCAAUCGUAAUUGAUUGCCCUCACAGGAUUGAUUUGAAGGCAAUGUGCUUUUGGAUGAAGCACAUUCAGCCCACGGAGGAACAAACGAGGGAACAAUUGGAGGAACAAACGGAGGAACAAGCGAUGAACCCAGCGCAAUACUGGGAAAAGGUGGAGAAGCGCGUGGAUGAAGUGGGUCCGAUCCCACGUUGUAUCUUCAAUGUGUUAGAAUAUAAUACUCACGUGCCCGCGAUUGACAAAGCUAUAGAAAAUAUUAACGCUUCUAAUGCUACGGAUUACAUGGGUGUGGGAAGCGAUAAAAUUUGGAUUGCUGAAGAUGUUUCCCACAAAAUCGUGAAAGUUCUCCGAAUGCGAGCAGUGUCUGAAAUCGAAGUAGGUUACAACGCACCGGUCUCCCGUUCGGCCAUGAUUAAGAUAACUCAUCAUCUAACAAAUAUGACGCCGCCGGUUGAUAUUUUAAAUCUGUUGCUGCGUAGCUUCGGUUAUUUGGUGUGGGCGAAAUUAGAGCAAUCAGGCACGGCCACGUUUAUGAAUCCGCAUGCCGUGGAUAUAAUACAAAGAAACCUCACUGAGCUACAUCCAGGAGGGCGAAGUCGGUCGCGGUUUUCGGUAUUGAGCGACAACCCUCGAGGUCACCCCACCCGCAGUGAAAUAUUACAAGAACUGCGUGGCAACCCUGCCAGGAUGGAUUUGAAGUACGGGGUAUUGUACGAACCGAUUGUCAGAAACUUUCCGCUGGUGGAUGCCCUUUUCUUCACGGAGUCACCGCGGAGGACGCUGGUUGGGCUGCAGACGACUACAGCAAAUGCACACCACACCCAAACCAGCACUGUGAGGCUGUUUAAGGAGCGUAUGGCGGAAUACUUUAAUGGUUGGGAGGAAUUUGCCCGAGACUUGUCGUGGGAGAUUAUUUAUGCACAGCACGCAGACAGCACGCCCAUACGUGGCUGGCAGAGAUGUGAUGAUUCGGCGAAUUUAACAGAAGCUGAGAAUCGUGAAAUAGCGGCGUUCUGGGAGGAAAAGGUACACCAGUAUCAAGUGACAGUAGCAGCCGAAAUGUUAUUGCAAAACAGGCCACCUGAAGUCAGUGAUAACUAA